ACGAGAAUACCUGAACGUAAUUCAGUUUUCUUUCUUCCUCUCUCUCUUCAGCCUUCCUCUCCCUCUCCCUUUUGCUUACAAGUUACCGCCUUCCUCUCUCCCUCCUUCAGAAUCAAAUUCACGGAUAACGAAAAACUGCGACCCCUUCACUCUGCCUCCAGUCCAGAUCGCUCCUCUGCUCGCUGCGGGUCUGCGACCGCCUCUGUGGCCGGUCCGUCGCUCUCUGUUCGCCGCAACCUCAUCUGUCUCCAGAUCGCGUUGCUGCUCUGUUCAAAAAUCGGCCACCCCAAGCUUUUUAAUCAAGCUCCGCCACUGACCUCUCCCAUAGUUCUUCCAUUAACAAUGGAAAUCGACGCGUUACCCAUAACAGAAUACGACAACAACAAUGGCAUCAACAAUGGCAUCGUCAUACCGACCAAAUCCACCCCCCGCCGCCGCAAGAGAAACGAGUACAUGCACGAGGAUGCUACACACCUGGCGGCGCGUAAAAAAAAGGAGAUGAGAAUUCGUUUAUCGCUUACAAGACCUUCUUACGUUCUUGGACUCUCUCCCAAGCCUCUUAGAUCGGAACAUCGUCGGAGGUUGCGAUAUUUGCUUCGUAGGUUUGUUAAUCAACAUGAUUGGGUUGGUGCUAGUGGUGUUCUUAGUGUCUAUUUGAAAGGAACUGUUAAUGAUACUUCUCCUUUGAAGAAUCGUUUCAAGUUUUGGGUUUUACUGGAGCUUCUUAAGCAUGUGGAAAACCAUUCUAUCAGUUCAAUUAAUUCAACAAGGAUCAGAAAUCUCUAUGAUAUUUGGUCAAAGAAAAUUGGACCAAUGAAGACUUGGCCUGUAGAGAGCAGAUAUGCGGUUCAUUUGGAGUUCAUGUUAUUCUAUCUUAUGCAAGGCAAUGCUGGAGAUGCAUAUCAGCUUGCUCUAUGCCUUGAACAAGAGAAAAUUGAUAUUGAUCCUGUUUCCAAGAUAAUGAUGGGUUUGACAUUCUAUGAGCUUUGGUAUUCUUCUAUUCCCGAAGAAUUUCAGUGGAGAGAUUUAGAUCAAAUUGACUGUCAAGAGAACUCACAUAUGGAGGGAACCUCAUUCAGCAAUGAGGUUGGACAGUCAGAAUGUCAAAAUUCUCACAUGGCACAGUCAGAACGUCAAAUUACAGUUGAGUCUCACAUGGCAGACACUCAAUAUCAAUGUGACUCAGAUGCAUCUGUCAUGAAUGAAAGGAAAAUUUCUAAGGGUAUUGUCGUCAGUAAAGAUAUGAGAGUUUCCAUGGAAGUUGAUACUAGCCAUAAAAGAGGAAAAUCACGUCAGAUCUUUCAGUCGGAAGGCUUUUACUUGAUUUCUGAUGAACAUAAAGAAACAGAUAAUCCUUUUUCUAACAGUGAAGAUCUUACACAAGAUACCUUGUAUGCUCUUGGGAAACUUGAUUUGUGGUUGUUACCAUUGUGUUUUUCGGGUGAGAACAAUUUGGAGGAGUUCAUGGACAUGCACAGAAAUCAGCACAGUGACUACUAUAAAAAUGCAGUGAAGUAUUUACAACUAGCGCUCAACUCAACAUCCUUUGCAUCUGUAGCAUUACUUCCAUUGACACAGCUGCUGCUGAUCGGAGGUCAAGUUAACGAGGUUCUGACCAUGCUUGAGCAACAAUGCUAUAAUUCACACUCUGUACUCCCAAUUAGAUUACGGGCUAUUCUCUUGGAGCGUUUUGAUCGAAACAACUCUCUCUUGAUUUGUAGCUGUUUUGAGGAGAUAUUAAAGAAGGAUCCAGCAUGUCGUGAUUCUUUAGCAAAACUCAUAAUGAUGCACCAAACAGGCGACUAUAAUCUUGAAUCUCUUGUGGAAAUGAUUGCUUUACAUUUGGAUGCUACAGAUGCUGAGUACAAUACAUGGAGGGUCUUCUCUUUAUGUUUUUCUAAAUUGUCUCUCCUUGAAGAAGACUGCAUGUCUGCAUGCUCCAUUCGAAAUGAGGAUAGACAGGAGCAACUUCGCUCCUUACGCAAAACCCCAAAAAUAUUUACAGAGGGCAUAUCAGGAAAAUCUUGGAAUAUUCGGUGUCGGUGGUGGCUAACAAGAUAUUUCAGCAAUAGCAAGUUUGAAUCAAGUAUUGGAACUGGUGAUUUACAGUUACUCACAUACAAAGCAGCAUGUGCAUCCUACAUGUAUGGACGAGAGUUCAGCUAUGUUAUGAAGGCCUAUUCUCAUUUAGAAAAAGAAAAUGAUAUGGAUUUAUUGCUAUUCUUGGAUGAGCACAAGAGAAAUUCAUAUAGAAUUUAUGAAAAAUUUCAAACAAAACUACAUGGAUAAAUGAUAAGAUAUAUUUAUUGCAUUGUGAGUAAUCGUUAUUUGAUUCAUUUGUCGCUGCUUUGGGUAUAGCAUUUAUGGUUUAAAUUGCAGUAUUCAAUUUUGUAUAAAUUUGUUAAGAUUAUAGAUAUGGUCAAAGUUGUACUUGUAAAGAUGAGUUCUUUUAAAUGAAUCUUCAUCUAUGCCAUCGAACCUAAAA